CAGAGUAAAUGGGAGCGUUAGAAAGAUGGAGAGCUUUUUGUUCCCGCUCGUCCUCAGCUGUCUCUGCGUCUCUCGAGUCACAGCAGAUAGCUUGUCGCCUCCUGUCAAUGUGACCAUCGGCGCAGUGAAAGCCAACUCUGCUGUGGUGACAUGGGACAUCCCCGAGGGAGACCCCGUUAUUGGCUUUGCCAUCACACAGCAGAAGAAAGACGUGCGCAUGCUGCGAUUCAUCCAGGAAGUCAACACCACCACACGCUCCUGUGCAUUAUGGGACUUGGAGGAAGAGACAGACUACAUUGUGCAUGUCCAGUCCAUCAGCAUGUCUGGGUCGAGCCCGCUGAGCGAACCCCUGCGCUUCCGAACGCCCAAGGAGGCCGAGACCCAGGCCUCUAAGAGUAAAGACGAGGUGACGAUGGAAGAAGUGGGCCAGAGCACCCAGAUGAGGGCGGGGGAGCUCAUCAUCAUCGUGGUGGUGCUGAUCAUGUGGGCAGGUGUGAUCGCUCUCUUCUGCCGUCAGUACGACAUCAUCAAAGACAACGAGCCCAACAACAACAAGGACAAAGCCAAAAACUCCUCCGAGUGCAGCACUCCUGAACAUCCGACGGGGGGGCUGUUGCGCAGUAAGUUCCCUAAGAACAACAACAACAACAAUAGGAUGCCAUCUGUCAACAUCAUUGAGGUGUGACUGCCAGGACGUCGUCUCUUUAUCCAAAAGACUAUGUGUUCUCGUAAACAAGCGGGCCCCUUUUAGGCCCAUCUGCUUGUCAGGAUGAGGCUGGGACUCAGGGCCCUUUACUCUCCUCUGGCGGGGCUGAAGCCAAGCUGCUCCAGUCGGGGGGGUCGGACACGGCCUGGCCGGUCUGAGGGUCUGAGGGUCUGAGGGCAGAGUCUGGGUGGGCUCAGAGGCUGCACCCUGCUCUGUAAGUACUCUACCGCGGGGCCGAUGGGGGCCAAGUGGCUCCGACAGUGAGACUGCAGCUGCACCAACCCCAGGGACCAAAGUCUACGAACAGAGCCAGAGACCUUUUCAUUCUCUCUCUCCGUCACCUCUUUCUUCUCACCGUUUUUCAGUACAUUAUCAACAACCACAAAUAAGACCUUUCACCAUAUGAGUGGCACUUGUCGUACCUUUUUUUCUUCAUAAUAUUCAGCUUUAUGAAUUGAAAGAAAAACACUGUAGAUCAUCCAUUAUUCUAGUUAAUGUUAACAAGGUGCCACCAGAGCAGUCCUGUUCUGGUAUCUUUUUAUUUUUCUAGAUCCCGCUCAGGCAGAAACGUUCUGUGGGAACUGUUUUCAUUCUGCCAAGCUCCUUUUCCCCCCUCAGGGAAACCAGAGUCCACCUGGCUGCUUUAGGACUCGUUUCUUAGAUGUGCUGCAGUGACGUCAGAGCAGCCUUAGAGGAGCUGAAUCACCCACUAUCGUCAUUUUGAAGGCUUAUCUGAGUAUGUAACAGGCCAGGUGGUUUCAUCUUGGCCACACUUGUGUUUGCCCUCUAACUUCUGUCAUGCUUUUUUAAUAGAUUUCCUGAAUUGUUACAUUCCACAUCCAGGAUGAGCCCUUUAGUAUUUCCUUGUGUCUUUCUCUGUGAGGGGGAUGAAUUUCAUUAUGGAGCUGCGUUCAUUGAAUGAAUUUAAAAAGAGGGGGUGGACUCUACUGAUGUCUGUGGAGACCCCAAAGAGAUCCCUUAUAUCAGCAAUAACAGUGGAAGCACUGUUCGUCCAAAACUCGAGCUCCCAGCAUGCAUUGUUCAGACGAAUGAACAAACUGCACAUCGACUAUGAGGGAAUUUAACCUGAGUUUACAGGUGAUCCCUCCCCUUAACUUUAAGAGAAAAGUGUUUCAGCGCUGUUGUAAAAUCUUUCGGAUGGAGAGCAUGGGGGGGGAAAUAUGUUUUAUGGGCCCAACAUUCAACCCAGAGACUUCCUUAUGACAUUAGCAGAUGUCACCAAGAAGGAAGGGCUUCUAUCAAGACUUCUUUCUCAAAUCAAAGUCAACAUUGCUUUGAAACUACGUGUUGAGAACACUAAAAAGGGAUCCACUGUUAUACGGUACUGUGCACUGUACACUGUAAAGGGACUUGUUUUCAGAAAGCAAAUGGUGUAUGUGAGGGCUGAUUAAAACUCAGUAGUACUGCCUUAAAAACAAUUGUAUUUAUGAUUUAUCUUAUACGACGGAAAGCCCUGUAUACCUGUCUGAUUCAUUAGCUUUCACAUGAUAAUUAAAUGUGUCCGCAAGAGUGAAAAUGAACAUGUGCUGAGGUUAGUUGGCAAAUCUGGUUGACAUUGAAUGUGUAAAUACAUUUUAUAUUUCAUUCUUGUUUGGUAGUGUCAGCCUAGAGAGCCUUUAAUGAAAUAUGACUAAUGUGCAACAUGUAUAGAAUCUAAAUGUUAGAGGGUACCGGCCGUUUGUUCACGCUGGUGACAAUGUAGGUGAUUUCUUUUGUCAAUACACUGCUGUUAAAGUCUUUUGAAAACA